AUGCCUGCGAGACAGCCCACCACCUGGGCCGACUAUGAGCGGGGAGCUUCACCUGCCCCGAGCGAGGGCGCCUCUUCAAUUGGCGGCCACAGCGUCCGCUUCGAAGACGAUGCCCUCUUGGAUGACGACCACGAAGGACGCCGACAAGAUGAUCAUUGGCCCCCACGAGGACGGCGAAGAUCUUCCAUGACGAACACGCUUGCAAACCUCACGGAACUUGGUGGUGUCAACAGUAUCAGGAAGUUUGGCCAGAGUUGGCAGCGAGCCUCUGCCUUUCCCGAGAUCAUACCUCAACGACCCUCGUUCCGAUUCGCCCCUGACCAAGAACCUGUACAUACGACCGGCUCGAGUUCAUACGGCAGGACAGAUGCCGAGGCUGCUAGAGGUUCUCUGCUUGGACGACAUCUCGAGGCAAGAGGGUCGGAAAAUGCGAUCGCUAAUUAUGACGACGACGACGACUCGACUUUGAUCGCCCCUGUGACUCACGCUCAGGGUCGAGAAGGCGACCAGAAGCACCUGGGAAGUGAUCUCCACCGAGUGAAUUCGGGAACUGGUUCCGUACGCAGCAUAUUCGCUGUUCCGCCUCAUCUAGCUGCCCCUCCCCUGGUCGGCAGCUUUAGCUCAGCUCGCAGCUAUGGCACCGUUGAUACGGUGGCAUCGGAUGCUAGUCAUACGUCCAUGCUGCAUGCUGCCGACCUGUGGCGCCAGCAACAGGAGUCAGGGGCCGAUGUGCCCGGCGGAGAACGGCCUCCCAUCCUCGUGAAAGAGGUAGAGCAAGAUGGCAAGAUCGUCUUGGCCGUCUCUGGCCAGUCUACUCUGCCGCAGACCAUUGUCAACUCAACCAAUGUCCUCAUCGGUGUCGGACUGCUUAGUUUGCCUAUGGGGCUCAAGUUUGCCGGCUGGAUUUGUGGGAUCGUUGCGUUGGUGCUCUGCGCUGGAGUCACCAGCUGGACAGCAAGACUACUGUCCAAGUGCAUGGACCUCGACACUACCAUGAUCACAUUCUCCGACAUAGCCUACAUCUCCUUUGGCAAGAAAGCUCGGGUUGCGACAGCUGUCCUCUUCAGUCUCGAACUGCUUGCAGCAUGUGUUGCCCUCAUUGUUCUCUUCGCGGACUCGUUGAGUCUCUUGUUUCCUGGUACUUUGAGCGUCACUGAGUGGAAGGUCGUUUGCACUCUGGUGCUGAUACCCUUGCAAUUCGCACCUCUCGCACUUCUGAGCGUUACUAGUUUCGUCGGCAUUAUCUCUUGCUUAAGCAUUGCUUUCAUCGUGAUACUUGAUGGCCUGCUGAAAGCGGAAGCACCCGGCUCCCUCAUUGAGCCAGCGACGACGUACUUGUUCCCUACGAAUUGGCUGACUCUGCCCUUGUCGUUUGGUCUCCUCAUGUCGCCGUGGGGUGGACACAGCGUGUUCCCAAACCUCACAAGACGAGUUCAGAUCUACCGAGACAUGCGACACCCCUACAAGUAUAAGAAGGCCGUUACAUACACGUUCAGCUUCACCUUCAUCAUCGAUGCCUCUGUGGCUAUAGUGGGAUAUAUCAUGUUUGGUGAUGGGGUUCGCGAUGAGAUCACAGCGAAUCUUCUCGAAACCACCGGCUACCCUGAAGUGAUGAAUGUUCUUCUCGUGAUCUUCAUCUCUAUCAUCCCUCUGACCAAGGUACCCCUGAACGCUCAACCGAUUAUCACGACUGCGGAGGUACUAUUUGGUCUCCGACAACAAGUCGUGGCCGAGGAGACACCCCUCGUGGGCCUUUCAAGCACCUCCCGAGGCUUGUUGAAAGCGCUUAUCAGGGUAGUCACUCUUCUCAUCUUCUUGGCGGUCGCUAUCCUCUUUCCGGCAUUCGACUCGAUCAUGGCUUUUAUGGGAAGUGCUCUCUGCUUCACCAUAUGCGUAACUCUGCCUCUCGCGUUCUACCUCAAGCUUUUCGGGCGCGAGAUCGGUGCCGGUGAGCGGAUUCUGUGCUGGACUGUCAUGCUCCUGUCCUCGAUUCUCUCAUUAAUCGGCACCGUGUGGGCUUUCCUUCCCCGCGACCUCAUCGGCGCUGCAUAG